ACCGGAUUUUGACCUGAGAAAACGUUUUCCUGGUUUCCCUCCGCCAUUUCUUUGUUGCUAGUACGCGUACGCCUUGGCAAGAGUCCGAGUGUGUUCGGAGAUUUUGGCUGAGUGAUCGUUGAAUUCCGGUGAGUCACCGAAGAAAUAUCCGACGAGCCAGACUGGCCAGUUGGCGCCACACAAUCAUAUUCAGGCGCAAUUCUCGUCUGCUAAGUUCUCUGAUAUCACACCAUUACGGGACACGGCGCAUCUCGACAUUACAAUGCUUGAGACGAAAGGGAGACGAAGAAGAAGGAGGAGAAGAAGGAGAGGCAUUACCCGCGAUGAAUGGCCGUCUCUCGACCUCGAACCACUGGAAUCCGGAGAUCUCGUGUUUCCAUCAGAAGGGAUUCUCUCAAAUCACCCGAGAAAUCACUGGAAGAGCCGUGCAUGCCCUUUGCGUCAAGGGUUUGGUUCGUCUGAGUGUGUUGUACACGAAUACUUUGAUUCAUAUGUACGCGAGGUUUGGUCGUAUUGGGAUUGCGCGUUACGUGUUUGAUGAAAUGGCUGAAAGAAACGAAGCUUCUUGGAACACCAUGAUGUCAGGGCUUGUUGUUGUCCGAUUUUACCGGGAAGGAAUGGAAUUUUUACGGGAGAUGUGCGAUCUUGGUGUUAAGCCAAGUGGGUUUUUUAUUUCGAGUUUGGUAACAGCGUGUGAUCGGUCAGGUCUUAUGUUCACCGAAGGGGUUCAAGUCCAUGGCUUUGUUGUUAAGUGCGGUUUCCUCUCCGACGUUUACGUUGGUACUGCGAUGUUGCAUUUCUACGGAGUAUACGGAUUGGUCUCCUGUUCAAGGAAGCUCUUUGACGAGAUGCCUGACCGAAAUGUGGCGUCUUGGACUUCAUUGAUGGUUGGUUACAAGGAUAUGGAUGAACCGGACGAGGUAAUGGAUAUCUAUAAAGGUAUGAUACGAGAAGGGGUUGGCUGUAAUGAAAAUUCCAUGGCUUUGGUAAUCCGUUCUUGUGGGUUGCUUAAGGGUGAAUUCUUGGGCAGUCAAGUCAUUGGACAGAUGAUGAAGUCAGGACUGGAGAAUAAGCUUGCUGUCGAGAAUUCGCUUAUAUCUAUGUUUGGUAGUUUCGGGAAUAUAGAAGAUGCACGGUAUAUCUUUGAUCACAUGCCUGAACGUGACACGAUUUCAUGGAAUUCCAUUGUUGCAGCCUAUGCACAAAAUGGUAUUUGCCUGGAAUCAUUAAGGGUUUUUUGUUCGAUGCGUCAUUUUCACGAUGAAGUAAACUCCACCACUCUGUCGACUUUGUUAUCAGCUUUGGGUCACGUGGAUCAUCUGAAAUGGGGUCGAGGAAUUCAUGGCAUGGUGAUCAAGAUGGGAUUUGAUUCAGUUUCUUGUGUGUGCAAUACACUUCUGGAUAUGUAUUCAGGUGCUGGAAGAUCAGCAGAAGCAGAGUUGGUUUUCCAACAAAUGCCCACUCGAGAUUUGAUCUCAUGGAACUCUUUGGUCGCUUGUUAUGCUGAGGAUGGCCGGAACCUCGACGCUUUACAGACUCUCAGCCUAAUGAUUCGGACAGGAAAAACCGUGAACUAUGUGACAUUUACGAGCGCAUUGGCUGCUUGCUCGAGUCCUGAAAUUCCUGGAAAGGGCAGGAUCCUUCACGGCCUUGUAAUGGUCUUGGGGUUAUUCAACAAUCAGAUUGUUGGAAAUGCAUUGGUUUCCAUGUACGCAAAGACUGGCAUGAUGAGAGAAGCUAAAUGGGUCUUGCUGAAAUUGCCCGGACGAGAUGAAGUAGCUUGGAAUGCGCUUAUUGGCGGUUAUGCUGAGAAUGAAGAACCCGACGAGGCGUUAAAGGCUUUUCAAACUAUGCGAGAGGAAGCCAUACCCUCAAGUUACAUCACAAUUAUCGCCGUUCUGGGUUCUUGCCUGAUGCCCAAUGAUUUGCUUGAAUAUGGAAUGCCCUUACACGCUUAUGUAGUAUCUGCAGGUUUCGAGUCAGAUGAACACAUCCAAAACUCACUCAUCACUAUGUAUGCAAAGUGCGGGGAUCUGAGUUCGAGUCGGUCCAUAUUCGAUGGGUUAGAGUAUAAGAAAACCGUUGCCUGGAACGCAAUGAUUGCCGCAAAUGCACGUCAUGGUCUCGGAGAAGAGGUACUGAAACUUAUAGCAAAGAUGAAAGGCAUUGGGUUGAAUCUAGAUCAGUUCAGUUUCUCAGAAGGUCUUUCCGCUGCUGCGAAGCUAGCUCUACUGGAAGAGGGUCAACAACUUCACGGGUUAGCCAUAAAACUCGGGUUUGGACAGGAUUAUUAUAUCGUUAUUGCAACUGCGGAUAUGUAUAACAAGUGCGGGGAAAUACACGAUGUGUUGAAAAUGCUUCCUCCAACGGCCAAUCAAUCACUCCCGACAUGGAACAUACGUAUAUCGGCUUUUGCCAGGCACGGUUUAUUCGAGGAAGCUCGUGAAACUUUCCGUGAAAUGCUCGAAAAGGGAAUCAAGCCUGGUCACAUCACAUUUGUAUCUCUCCUUUCAGCCUGCAGCCACAGGGGACUAGUAGACGAAGGCCUUGCGUUCUACGAUAUGAUGACUAGGGAAUUCGGUGUAGCUCCAGCAAUAGAACAUUGUGUAUGCGUAAUCGAUCUCCUUGGAAGAUCAGGGAGACUAGCCGAGGCUGAAGCCUUUAUUUCUCAGAUGCCCAUGAAGCCAAACAACCUGGUAUGGCGAAGUUUGCUCGCUUCUUGCAAAAUCCACGGGGAUUUGGAACUAGGGAGGAAAGCUGCCGAGAAUCUCUUGAGGCUGGAACCCGAAGACGAUUCGGUAUACGUCCUGUCAUCAAAUAUGUUUGCAACAACGGGUAGAUGGGAGGAAGCAGAGAAGGUUAGAAGGCAAAUGGGCUCAAGGAAAAUAAAGAAGAAACCUGCUUGCAGUUGGGUGAAACUGAAAGACAAGGUGAUGUCAUUCGGCAUUGGAGACGGAACCAAUAUUCAGGCAAGGGAGGAGAAUCAGAUUGAAAUGAAGUUAGAGGAAAUCAAGAAGAUGAUCAGAGAGGCUGGUUAUGUUGCGGACACAAGCGAUGCCUUACAAGACACAGAUGAAGAACAGAAGGAACAUAAUCUAUGGAACCAUAGCGAAAGGCUCGCACUCGCUUACGCAUUGACUAAUGCUCCGAAUGGUUCGACGCUGAGGAUCUUCAAGAACCUUCGGGUAUGCAGAGACUGUCACUCUGUCUAUAAAUUCGUAAGCAGAGUCUUUGGGAGGAAAAUCUUGUUGAGAGAUCCGUAUAGGUUUCACCAUUUUCAUGGUGGUGACUGUUCUUGCAAUGAUUAUUGGUGAUGAACUCUUAUAAGCUUACCCAGCUUUUUACCAUAUCUCGUAACAAGUAGCAUCAGAUCCUUCGUAGGUUCGGAUGCCGUCUCCAUCCCUGGCAUUCAUAGGUCUUUGAUAUCAAACAUGUCUGAAAUAGGUUUAUAAAACUCUGACGGGAGAGUUUCAGAGAGGCCUGUAAAAAUUCCCAGAAAACCCAAAUGACUGAAAAGACAGAGAACUGAUUUAGGGUUCUUGAAUGAUGGGAGUGAAGCUCUGCAACAUUAGAGUACAGUGAAACCCUUCAUAAAAAGGAUGAUAGUUUUACACAACUCUGAUUCCAGCUGCCGAAUAAACUCCAGAAAAUUUGAUGGUAUUCAGAUUCAAAUCCCGUUUUCCCAGCCAAAAGUGCACAACACAAGUUCGACAUUCCUAAACUAUGUGAAAGUUACUCAACUUCAGCCAAGUAAUCGUCGAUUUCUGCUGGCGUUAGCACCCUG